UUAUAAAUUAUUACAAACAAAUGAAACACAGUACAAUUAGAAUAAAAGGAAUAAAAGAUGAGCACUAAUAGCCACAAAAUUAGAGUUUGAAAAUGACCUUUGUGGGCAUUAUAUUAACCCCAUUUUCAAAGCAGUAAAAAAGGUGUGUUGUGAACUUGGCUUGAGAGGAACUCAGAUAAAUAACGAGGUUUCUUGGCUUUGCUUGGAGGUAUAACCAUUUGUUUUCGGCUGUUUCCAAGAACCCCAACUCUUUUUUUUUUUUUUUUGUGUGUGUGUCGGUUGCAAACAUGCUCCAUUUUACAUAAAAUUUUGAGGUUAAACUACUUGAGAAGGAGAGAUGGGUGAAGGGUUCAAAAAUUGGUUUGCCACCACUUCACCAGUGUUGAAAAUUUUUCUAUUUGUAGUGCCAUUGAUUCUGGUGUCAGGUUUUGCUUCUCUUUUAGUUCGAAAAGGCUCCAACUGGGCUUUAAUUUACACUCUCCCCACUUCAUCAUCUUCAAAUACUAAUUUAUAUGCAGUGAAGAAGCCAAGUUUACAAGCAAAAGAAAGGAAUAGUCCAGUAUAUUUGCAGUCACAGGAGGAAGUAUCGAUGGAUGGUGGCAGCAGGAAGGAAGCUUUGUCAAAUACGGCUGCCAUUAUCAACUCUGUUUCUCCACCAAUUGUUGCUCAGUCCUCGCAAGAUCAACCCCUAAAUGGGAAAAAUGAAGACAUCCCAAAUAUGUCAAUCAGCGAAAACUUCAACUCCACCACAUCCAAUAUGAAAGAAAAUGAAUUAACAAAUCCUCCUUUGAAGCCAAGAAGACGAAGAAUUGGCACUAAUUUGGAUAGGUUGGAAGAGGGUCUUCGAAAAGCUCGAAUUGCCAUCAGAGAAGCAAUGAACGGGAGUCAAUUGCAGGAUCCUGAUUAUAUCCCCGAUGGACCCAUAUACAAGAAUGCCAAAGCCUUUCACAGGAGCUACCUGGAAAUGGAAAAACAGUUCAAGAUAUUUGUCUACAGAGAAGGGGAGAUUCCACUAUUUCAUGAUGGUCCUUGCAUGCUGCUGUACACCAUGGAAGGACAGUUUAUCAAUAAAAUGGAGGAUAACAAAAAAUUCCGAACCCACAAUCCUGAGAAAGCUCAUGUAUUUUACCUUCCUUACAGCGUAACAAGGAUCGUCCAAUAUAUUUGGGUGAAGGGUACGCCUAUGAAACGCUUAGGGGGGGUCGUCUUAGAUUAUGUAAAUGUUAUUGCUGAGAAACACCCCUAUUGGAAUCGAAGCCUUGGCGCAGACCAUUUCAUGCUUUCUUGCCAUGACUGGGGGCCUGCAACGAGUUUUUUCGUUCCUGAUCUAGUGAAACACUCCAUUCGUGCAUUGUGCAAUGCAAACACCUCUGAAAGGUUCAACCCAAUGAAGGACGUAUCGAUUCCAGAAAUUAGUCUCAAAAGCAGUAGGCUGGAGGGCUUGAUUGGUGGGCCUUCUCCAUCACAGCGUACAAUCCUGGCAUUUUUUGCGGGAGGAAAUCACGGUUUUGUAAGAGCAAUACUCUUUGAGCAUUGGGAGAAAAAGGAUCCAGAUAUUAGAGUUCACAAUUACCUUCCACGAGGAGUAUCUUACUAUGAUCUAAUGAGACAAAGUAAAUAUUGCCUUUGCCCCAGUGGUUAUGAAGUUGCAAGCCCAAGAAUUGUUGAGGCCUUGUACAAUGGCUGUGUUCCAGUGCUGAUUUCGAAAAGUUAUGUGCCACCAUUCAGUGAUGUUUUGAAUUGGAAGACGUUCGCUGUGAUAGUUUCCCUGGAAGAAAUCCCAAAUUUGAAGAAAAUAUUGAUGGCUAUACCAGACCGGCAGUACAUAAGAAUGCAGAAGAGAGUAGUCCAAGUGAGACGGCAUUUCGAGUUGCAUGUGACUCCGAAGAGGUUCGAUGUGUUCCAUAUGAUCCUUCAUUCUAUUUGGCUUCGAAGAUUGAAUGUUAGGGUCAGUAAUGGUCGUAGAGAGGUGUUGGAUUGAUGAAUCAAUAGGCUACUCCAUCUUAGUAAAGAAAUAAGUUUCCACCUAGCUGAUGGGUAAUGGAACACAUAAUUAUGAAGAUUCUUUUGCAAUUUGAUGAUGUAGUAAGCACAAUUGCAAUUAAUUGCAAUUAAGAUAAAUCAUGUUUGCAUCAAAAAUCAUUUUGGAGUCUUCUUAACUAUCUUGCUUUACUUGUCUGAUCGAGUCUUCGAAGUUGCUCACAUUAAAAAUCAUUAGGCCAUAAGGCAAUUUGCAAAGGCUCAUAUAAGAAUUUGUUCAUGGCUACUCUUGUUUCUAAUCUCUACCUAAUGUUUCCAUUGCAAAGAUCACAAAUCCCUGUCCCUGAUCUUUUCACUAAAAUAUUAAUAGUAGUAAAAGAGAUUUGUUUAUGUCAAGACCAUUUAGACCAUUUAAGGUGGUCUUGGACUUCUAGACGUUUCACUGUUGUACAAGCCUGUAUUUAAAAGAUACUUGCAAAAAAUGUAAAAGCUUUUGGCUAGAGUUGGA